AUGCACGCGCCGCCGACGCCGCCGACGCCGCCGCGCGCGCCGUGGCCCAUCGCGCUGGCGGACAUCCCCGGACGCGGAAAGGGCGUCGUCGCGACGCGAGAGAUCAGACCCGGGGAGUGCGUGCUCGAGGAGCGCGCGACGAUGACCGGCGUCUCGGAAUCGCAUCGCGCGACGACGUGCGCGGGGUGCCUGCGACGCGCGGCGCGGUGCGUCCGAACGCGCGCGUGCGAGCGCUGCGGCGAGGUUCUCCUGUGCGACGACUGUCACCGCGCCGCGGAGCUCGCGUUCGGCGCGGACGACGCGAGACUCGCGAUGGCGCCGAACGCGCACACGCGCGUCAAGUGCCGCGGCGAGGCGGUCGGCGCGAGCGCGGCGCUCUCGACGGGCGACCGCGAGCGGUUCCGCUUCCUCGUCGCGUGCGCGGAGCUCCGCGCGAUGAAAACCAUGCGCGCGGAGACGCAGGCGCGCGAAGACGACCGCGGGUUCGACGACGUCGCGAGCCUGUGCCCGCGCGAGGACGACGACGGCGGAGGGAGAUGGCCGAUCGCGUCGCACGUCGACGCCGCGACGCGUUUACACCCCCUGCUCUUCGCGACGAUGCACGACGCGGACAUCGAGCGCGGCGUCCUCAAGGUGAACGGCGCGUCGCUGAGCAGCGACGACUUCGAGAGGAUGUACGUCGGCACGAUCCGAGAGAACGCGAUGCUGCUCGCGAAGGAGAGCAAGAACGCGUUCGGCGUCAUGGCGGCGGCGGCGGCGGACGAACGCGACGAAAACGAUUUCGGGGCGGCGAGAAGCGUCCGCGGCGGCGCGCUGUAUCGCGACGCGUCUCGCGUUAACCACGGAUGCUUCCCGAACGUCGCGCGGUUCGAUAACUUCGACGGCGACUUCCAAGACCCGUCCAAGGCGUUUUCCUCGCCGUCGUCUCUCAGCGCGCUAUGUGAGCCGUCGACGCUGCGUCUGCUCGCGAUCGACGUCAUCCCCGCCGGCGCCGAGGUUUUGAUGAGGACUUUCUCUCCCGGCGUCUCUCUCCGCCCAGGGUCCCUCGCGUUCAAUCCCCGCCCUCGGCGCCUUUCAACUCCCAAGUCUGACGCCUUUCAACUCCACCCCGACGUCGCUUCGUAUGGAACGACCCUGAGCUACCUCCCCGUGAACGAGCCCGUGGGCGCGAGGCGCGCGCGGCUGCGACGCGGGUUCGGGUUCGCGUGCGAUUGCGCUCGCUGCGCGUUGGAGGUGCGCUGGGCGCUCGAGGACGGCGAGCGCACGGGAGACGAAGAGCCGACGGAGACGUACGACGACGCGACGACGGCGGCGGACGCGUCGGAAGCCGCGGAGGAGGCGAGGGACGAGGCGACGGCGGCGGCGCUGACGGAGGAGGAACAGACGCGCAGAGCGGACCGUGCGCCGGUGGAGUACGCGCUGUGGUUCAUGAAGAACAUGUGCGCGGAGGAAGACUGCGGCGGGACGCUCGCGCCGCCGAACCCGACGGCGACGCACUGCGCGUGUAACUAUUGCGGGCGGGUUCGAACGGACGACGCGUUUUUCGCGCAACUCGCCGGCGGCGGGUGA